GUAAGUUGUCAGGGAAUUGGUAUGAACAGAGCGGAGCUAAUCAUGUGUAGACUGCCUUCAGCAAGCUGUUGCUGACCAAGCCUUUACCAAUGCCAAAGCGGCUAAUGAUGUGACGGGCAUGACCAACGCACUCAUCUUCCGUGCCUUGGAGCGCAACACUGGCUCUGUUGGUCUGGCUUCGGCUGCAUGCAAAUCCAUCAAGGCAGUUAACCCUGAGAUUGCCGCACUCCAACAGCACCAGGACCCUGCCAGCACAGGAGCCCAGGCCACCAACAAGGCCAUUGCUCAGGAGCUCGUACGUCAGAUUGCCGCCAUCGGUGGUGACACAUCGCUGGGAAAUGAGGCUUCAACCUUUGCCCCUGGCAAGAUCGGUGACCCCACGGGUGCGGGCAACACCUGCGAUGACGCCAACGAUGCCAAGGGCUGCAUCAACACUCUUGGUCUUCGUGUCAAUGAUCUCACUGCAGCCGAGAUUACCGCAGCGGCCGCUGGCAGUGGAGCGGCAACCGGUAACGCAACAGCAGCUGAUAACGCAGCAGCUGGCAAUGCCGCAAAUGGCGGUGCAGCAAACGGCAAGGCUGGAAAGGGCAAGGGUGCAAAGGGCAAUGCGAACAACAAUGCUGCGAACAACGCUGCCAACAACAAUGCUGCGAGCAACAAUGCUGCUACAAAUGACAAUGCUGCCAGUUGCAAUGCUGGUGCCAAUGGUAACGCUGCUGCGGCAAGCAACAACAACAAUGCUGCCACUGGAAAGAAGGGCGCUGCCUCUGGAAACGCCGCCUCUGGAAAUGCAGCCUCUGGAAAUGCAGCCUCUGGAAAUGCAGCCUCUGGAAAUGCAGCUUCUGGCAACGCCGCCUCUGGAAAUGCUGCCUCUGGAAACGCUGCCUCUGGAAAUGCCGCCUCUGGAAACGCCGCUGGAAACGCCGCUGGAAACACUGCUGCAACAGGCGGAGCGGCCAGUGGAGCAGCCAGUGGAGCAGCAGCCUUUGGCAACUGCAACCCUACCAUCAAGUUUGGCCUGCCUUCUGAUGGACGCAAGGAGGACGCUUUCGAGCCUGCGGAUCUUGCCACCUUCAACCAUGGCUCGGCGCUGAACAUUGCAGUCAUCUCCAACUUCAUCUGCACCCAGGUUGGCAACAAGUGCAAGGUGAAUGCCGCAGCCAUCAGCACCUGCAAUUCUGCUGCCACUGCUGCCAACGGGCUCAAGGGCCAGGCGGCUGCGACUGCCUUUAACAGUGCGCUUGGAUUCUAAACCAUGACUGGCUGAGUAGACGGGAGGGAGCUGGGUAGACAGGAGGGAUGGGCAUGUAUCGAUGAUGCGACUUGGAGGCUAGGCAUUGAAGCCUUUUUUUGUAUACUAUUAGUACUGGUAACGGCAACACGUAGGUUAAUCCGAAUAUAUCUCGGGCAGUAGGAUGCUCU